AUGAACGCAUUCAACGGUGCUGGCUCUUUGCCAAUCCACACUGCCCCGUCUCAAAUCUCUAUUAUGGAUGUCUUCUUCCCCGGCUUCACCGGCAUCUCUGCAUCCAUGCAACAGCUCCUGGCUGGCAACCUGAACAGCUAUGCUCACCUGGUGUGCAUGGGCGGGAUGUUCCUGUUUUUGGGUAGAUAUGCGUACCGCUACAUGACGGAAUUGGUGGAGGCCUAUUUCACUUCGACCGUCCACAUCUCCUACUACAAUGAAGCGUACGAUAUGCUUAUCGCCUGGGUAUCCACGCAGCCCUUCGCCCAUAAGGCUCGCUCCUCUCUCGUCAGCAUCGACGGCAUGCAAAGAAGAGCAUAUGCUGAUGAUCUCACAAAAGAGUACAAGAAGAAACCAUUGCACUUUUCACCUUGGAAUGGAUCAUUCUUCUUCAUGUACAAGAAGCAUCUGCUCCGGUUCCAGUGCAUGGCAAAAGACACCAAGAAAGAGAUCUCCAUUUCCUGCAUCGGCGGAUCGUCGCAAAUCCUUAGAGAACUCCUUAGUGAUUGCCGAGCCAAGAAGGCGAAGGCAAGAGACAUCAGACCAAUUUCGACAGUCAUCAUGGAUGAGGACGAGAAAAUGGCCGUGCUGAAAGAUAUCGACGAUUUCCUGGACGAGCGAGCUCGGGGCUGGUAUGCAAAGCGCGGGAUUCCCUAUCAAAGAGGGUUCCUGCUGUAUGGGCCUCCUGGCACCGGGAAGUCCAGUUUCAGCUUAUCUGUCGCCGGGCGUUUUGAGCUGGAUAUCUAUGUACUUAAUCUUUCGAGCAUCGACGACAGCCGCCUGAACAGUUUGUUUGCCCAGCUUCCCCCGCAUUGUGUCAUUCUCUUAGAAGAUAUCGAUGCUGCUAGUACGAGGCGAACGGGAGACAGUGAAACGACAGAAAACGCCGGCCAGGCCGCGGUACGCCCCUCGCAGAAAAGCAAGUCUCAGGGAAAUGUAUCUCUGUCCGCUCUUCUUAAUGCCCUGGAUGGUGUAUCUUCGCAGGAAGGUCGAUUGCUGAUUAUGACGACAAAUCACAUCGAGCGUCUGGAUGACGCGCUCAUCCGCCCUGGCCGCGUGGAUAGAAAGGUUUUGUUUCAGCUCGCUGAUGAGAAGAUGAGUUCUCGUCUUUUCUGUACGGUUUUCAAGGAGUCGGUUGAGGAUGACAGCAAGCCAAAAAAGAAGACCGAUGAUGAAACAAUUGAGCGGCCAGAUGAGGAUCACCGCAGCCCAGAAAAGAAGAUCUAUGACGAAACAAUUGACGAACUUGCGGGUGCCUUUGCCGCCAAGGUACCGGACCAGGUAUUCAGCCCAGCUGAGAUCCUGCUAUCGUUCCUGCUUGAACACAAGCAGUCGCCUACCGAUGCAGUGGCUGAAGUGGAGAAUUGGGUUGCUAAAGCCAGCAAGGAAAGGGGAAAGGUGAAUAAUUAUGCCAGGGCACGUGCAAUUCUCAACCCCACAGACUCUUUCGAGGACCUUACAGAGAGCACCCAGGCGCACAACGUGUGA